GUAAUCAAUCAAAACUCCAAACCCGCUUCACCACGAGACAUUGAUGUGCCGCCCUCCCCUAUACUCGAGCUUUAUGUUUCUGAAUUCAACCCUACUGAACUGACAAAGGGGAUUUUAUCUGCAUCUCUCUCCGGGUAAGUUCCACACUUCUUAUACAAAAAUAAGCAUCAUCUGCCAGGAUAUUCUUCAAUAUCUCGUUUGAAUCUCGCAACAGUUUCUGUCAAAUGAGCUCUUUGUUUUUUAGAACAAAGAAGGCAUUUAGAAUCAUCUCCAAGUUACACACUUUGCACCGAUAUUCAUCCCAAAAUCUCGCUCAAGUUGAAAUCCUGCAAAACCCACGUUCCCAAAUUCAAAACUCAUGGAGGGUUUUGCAGUUUUCGACGAAAUCCUCCAAAUUCCCCGAAUACGAGAUGCCUACGGUCACCUGGGGUGUGGUCCAAGGUAAGAAGGAGAGGCUUGUGAAUCGGGUAAUGAUUUGCGAUUACCUUAAGAAUUUGGGGAUAAUUACUGAUGAGUUGGAGAGCAUAGAGCUGCCUUCUACCGUAGAGGUCAUGAGGGAGCGUGUGGAGUUCUUACAGAAGUUGGGCUUGACCAUUGAUGAUAUUAACGAGUACCCAUUAAUGCUGGGAUGUAGUGUACGUAAAAACAUGAUUCCUGUGUUGAGUUAUUUGGAGAAAAUUGGGAUAGGCAGGCCUAAACUUGGUGAAUUUGUGAAGAAUUACCCGCAAGUGUUGCACACAAGUGUAGUUGUUGAGCUUCAGCCCGUGGUGAAGUUUCUUCGCGGGCUUGAUGUUGAGAAGCAAGAUAUUGGGUAUGUGUUGCAGAAGUAUCCUGAGCUUCUUGGGUUUAAGCUUGAGGGUACUAUGAGCACCUCGGUUGCCUAUCUUGUUAGCAUUGGUGUUGGUCCUAGAGAUAUUGGACCUAUGGUGACACAGUAUCCAUACUUUCUGGGAAUGAGAGUUGGGACUACAAUUAAGCCGCUCAUUGAUUACUUGGUUUCUUUGGGUUUGCCAAAGAAGAUUUUAGCUAGGAUGUUGGAGAAGCGAACAUAUAUACUCGGGUAUGACCUUGAAGAAACAGUUAAACCAAAUGUGGAUUGUUUGAUUAACUUUGGGAUUAAAAGGGAUGUGCUUCCUUCUGUUAUAGCCCAAUAUCCGCAGAUUCUUGGGUUGCCCUUGAAAGCCAAGAUGUCUUCACAACAGUACUUUUUCAGUUUUAAGCUCAAAAUUGAUCCUGAUGGAUUUGCUCAAGUGGUAGAGAAGAUGCCACAAAUUGUUAGCCUUCACCAACAUGUAAUCAUGAAACCUGUUGAGUUCCUUUUGGGCCGAGGAAUACCAUCUGAGGACGUGGCUAAGAUGGUUGUAAAAUGUCCACAGUUGGUUGCUCUGCAAGUUGGACUCAUGAAAAAUAGUUACUACUUCUAUAAGAGUGAGACGGGGAGGCCAAUAAAAGAGCUGGUGGAUUUUCCUGAGUAUUUUACUUAUAGCUUGGAAUCCAGGAUCAAGCCACGGUGUCAAAGGUUACAGAGCAAGGGAAUUAGAUGUUCACUGAACUGGUUCCUCAACUGUAGUGACCAGAGAUUUGAAGAGAGACUGCAGGGUGAUUAUAUUGAGUCCGAGGGUUUGGGUCCUUCAUUUUCUAUGGGUGGGAAGUUAGAGCUACCUAGGAGUGAGAUUGUGUCGGAUGACGAGGAUCAGAGUGAUGACGAAGUGCUUUACAGACGCACUGUUUCUCUUUAGUAAACUUUUGUUCUGUCUCAUCUAUGAAUCAAAUACUGAUGAAAUUUCUUUAUUCACAUACUCACUUCUUUAAUUGCCUUUUUUUUCCUUAAAUAAUGUUUUGUGUUAUUUUAACCAACUCGCUCUUUGAUGGGUCUGUAAGUAGCUUAGGGAUCUAUAAGUAGAGAUUUUAUUGUUCUGGCUAUUUUGCUCUUAGUUAAUUGUGAUAUUGUAAAUUUUUUUCUUGCUUUCUAGACAUUUUUGCUUUAUUGUGGGA